AAGACCAACUAUAUAAAUAGGUCAUAAAACCUUUCAUUAUACAAAGCAGAACUAAAGUUACAUCUUAGCAACAGAGUGAAUUUAAGGACACCUUAAUCACUAGAUUCAAUAAGCAAAAUAAACUACAGAGAUUCUAUCACAAACUACAUAGCCUACAACAGUAAUAUCUGUAGCAAACUAAGCAUUACCUUCAUACAUAUCUUGAUUGUUUCUAUAUUUAGGAGACAAAAUUAAUUCUGGUACAACUUCAACUAGAUGGCCAUCAUCAUAUUGAACAUCCCCACCAAUAUAGCCUUCAUUACAAUCUUCUGCAUCCGAUUGAGUUACUAUGACCUCAUUUUCAGAAAAAGGCAUCUUUGCAGCUUCACUGCUUAUAGAAUACCAUCCAUCUUCAUCUUUGUCUCUUCUUCAACAUCAUUUUUCAACAAUUGUAAAUAUAAAAUCAUUUCAUGUGAAACCUCAGCUAUAUAACUAAUGAAGCUACAAUAAAAGUUUUUUUGACAGACAUAUACAUAUAUAUUCAUUAGUCCUUCCUAAAACUAAUUACUUAUCACUCAUAUAUAAUCACAAAUACAUCAACUAAUUCUUCCAUAAUCUUUCUCUAAUUACCAAAUGAUCAAUACUAAAUAACUAAUCCCGAUAACUUGGGGAAUCGCGCGCAACGCACGCGGAUCCACAACUAGUAAUAAUAAAUAAUUGGAUUUUUUUAACGUAAACAGACAAACCUUUGACCGGUUCUCCCAUAUUGGACAAACCUAUAAAUCUGCCCAUAUUGGACAGAAGUUUACCAUUUUUCGCCCAAAAUGGACCAAGCAAGUCACCCUACCUGUUAUACCAAGUAAAAGUCCACUUGUCAUUAAAUCAUUGGUCAAUAUUUUUUUUUUAAAUUUCCCUUUCCUCCUUAUCCCUUUUCCCUUUCCCUUUCCUUCCUCCCUCCAUUAAUUCCGACCAAGCUGCCACCCCCUCCACCACCAUCUCCUCCCCUAGAACUGGCUACCCUCACCUACGACCAGUCACCCCGCCCACAACCAGCCAUCCUCAACCUUCAAUGGCAACUUCAUCAUGAUCACCACCACCAGACCUCAACCCGAAACCCCAACCCCACCAUACCUCCUCCUCAAACUCCCAACCAUACCCCAUCUCACCUGACAUGAAACCCCCUAAACCCCUAAAAUCGACCACCUUGAAACCCUAGACUACCCCAUGAAACCCCUUUGAACCCGACCACCCAGCCACAGUGAAACCCCCUAAACUCGAAACCCAGUCACCCACGAAAUCCUCCCCCUGUUGUGUUUCCCCUCUCGCGUCACCCUUUUUUUCGUAGCCUGAAAUUUGCUGAUGAAAUUGAGUGAAUUGCUGCUAAAAUUGAUACUUUUGGUGUCGAUUUGGGCUGCUAUUUUGGUGCGUAUUUGGUGGUGUUCGGUUUGGUUAUUGUUGCGUGAUGAUGGCGAGCAGGGGAUAGACAUGGUUGGCGGGGCAGGGCAGGUGGCUGGGGGACGGAGGAAGUAGUUGAGGUGUCUGGUGGCUAGUUUCAGGUGGUGGAUUUUUAGGGGGCUGGUGACUGCUUGUUUCGGGUGGUGUAUUUUCAGGGGCUAGUGGUUGGUUUUGGGUGUUGAAUUUUCAGGGGGUAUGCUGGUUUUGUGGUGGUGGCUGGUUUCAUUUGAACGUGGGUAUGGUGGUUUGAGUGGUGGGUAUUUUCGAGGGUGGUGAGGGUCAGCUACGUUGUGGUUUGGUAGCUUAGGUUGGCGGCUUAUCCUGUGAUUAUGGUGGAGUUGCCAUUGAAGUUUUUAUUUAAUUUUUUAUUUAUUUAUUUAUUUAUUUAUUUUUUUUUUAUAUAUUUUAUUAACUUCCCAGAGGUCAACAUGGGUAAUGUUGACUUGAAUAACCGGUUGCCUAUAAACUCAGUCCAUUUUGGACGAAAAAUGGUAAACUUCUUUCCAAUAUGGGCAGAUUUAUAGGUUUAUUCAAUAUGGGAGAACUGGUCAAAAAUUUGUCUGUUUACAUUAAAAAAUCCUAAAUAAUUUCAUGACCAAGAUAUCUUAGUCAUCUAAUGGCCUAGCUCUGACACUGGAAGGCCAGCUGCUAAAACAAGGUCUUCCAAUUCUUAUAAGGCGCCUUCUCUGUCAGAAAAAAUUCCAAUAACCCGCCUUCUCUCUCAUAAAAAUUUCAAUAACCCGCCUUCUCCAUUUUCGCUGAAUUUCAGCUGCUAACUCUCCUCCAUUGUUGCUAACUCUCUUCCAGCCCUCUCCUCCGUUGCUUCCAACUCUCCUCCAGCCCUGUUCUCCAUGUACGAAACCCUAAUUUUGUAGGACGAAACCCUAAACGAAGUCUUAUUCUGAAUCCCCCAUUGAAGUGUCUUCUACACACCAUUGAUGCAUGCAAAUGACGUCGUCUCUUUCUCCUCUCCUCUCCUCUCCAUUGAAGUCUUAUUCUGAAUCCUCCAUUGAAUUGAAGUAUCAAUUUCACAAUCUAGGUUCUCUCUGCAAUCAGACCGACGAAUUCUCAGUAAUACUUACCAAUUUCCAGACUUCACUGUGCGCACAACAACCAAGAGAUAUUGAUUCCGGAUACUAUGUGAUGAGAUACAUGUAUGAAAUCAUUUCUACAUACCGUGAAUGCAAGGGAAAUUUGAAAGAGGUGUAUUUGGGAAGAGAUGCAUCAUACAAUGAUGGUGAACUCAAUGAAAUUCGGGAGCAAUGGUCCAGGUUCUUUAGAACUAAAUAUUUAUUGAAAGAUUAAUCUUAGUUUAAUUUAGAUUUUUUAGAUGGAAAUGUGUACUCAACUCUUAGUAUUUGAGAUUUUUUUGGGGGAUUGUGAAGAUAAAUGGUUUGAUGUAUGAUUAUCGCGAGACGUAUUGUAAUUUGACAGGUUGAUGAUUGAUUAUUAUCCCCAAAUUGAUUGGGUGGAUUAGUUCAAAUUACAAAGGAAAUUCUGUCAUAUUUUAUUAAAAAAAUUUACUGUUUCUUAAUUAUUA